AUGGGGGCGGGCAGGAGGCUAGCGGGAGGGCUGCUGCCAGCCCAGCUGCCUCGCGGGGAGGUGCAAACACGUGGCCAUGCCAUUAGUAUCCUGCUCGGCUUCUGGACAAGUCUCAUUUGCGACACCUACACAGUCUUCACUUGGAACAGGAUAAGCAGCAGCUGUGGCACUAGGUCCUCCUCUGAUCGGCCACACAUUGGAAUACAGCAGAGCGGGAGCCAUGAAAAAGAGGACCGAAGCCAGGUGCCAGAGGCAGGUGACGUCCAGGCUCUCAGCUCCUUGGACGCAGCUAUUUUAACAGAGCCACUUUAUGGCAGCUAUUUUGACAUAAGGAUGUUUUGAUUUGGCCUAAAAAUUAAGCCAAAAUGUUCAGCUUUUUAAAAAUAAGUGAUGAGUCAAAAGGGCAUUUUAUACUCCAUCUGUGACAUUUACCACCCCGAUCUUCACCCUGCUGCUGACCCCGCCUCUGAGCAAGAAGGCGUAUGGAUCAGGGUCAGGUAAGGGGAAGAGGUGGUAGGGAGUCAAAUGGGAGAAUCGCUGUGGAUCAGAUAACAGCCAAGAGUGGAGUAGAAGUCGGAGCUCAGGUGCCCACAAGGCAUGGCAGCAGGCCAGGGGCAGACGAGGAUGGAGAGGUCUCCAAAGUCAAUGAAAGGACCAAACUGAGAUGGAACAAGAACCAGAGAUGGA